AUGUCGCCCGUCUGGUUGCUGGCGAUUUUUCCGUUGUCGUUGGCUCAAGUGCGCAGUAGCGAAGGUCGUGGAUGGAUUUCGCAGCGUUCCUUCGAGUUCUCCACUGCGGUGAGACCGUUCCAAUUCGAGGCCACUAUCCAACCGAUUCUGGAAUACGGUAGGUAUUUAUUUUGAAAAAAUGCAUUGUAUAGUUUUUGUAAGUGAGUCAUCUGUAUCCGGUCACAGCUAUCAAAACAAUCACGGAUGACGUGGCAGUAGACAGAUUUGUUUUCGCAGCACCCGUAAAAUUGUUUCGUUUCGUAAGCUGAUGACUAACAACUUUCCCUCUGGGUUUUGCCGGUUACUUUCUGGAUGUGAAUCGAAGUAUUUAAGGACCCAUACAUUCCAGCCCUCCAAAACGACAUGGCCAUUCACAUGCACCGCAACUGUUCGCACCCUAUCAAGAUUGAUUUCAACAAAUGUGGCCAGAAUUUCCUCCGCAGCAACCCGACCGUCAUCGGAGAUCAUCUCGGCUUCCAGGACGAAUGGCUUCCGUUCUUGCUCAACGAGACCACGUACCCUUGCAGAGAGCACGAGGGCAACGAAGCGUCGUGAGUUCCCGAACUGAACAAAUGCGGGAACAGCCGAUAAUCGACCCGUUUUACAGGUUCACAAUUGCAGUUUUUCCCACAGAGGUGACCCAAUGCCGAUUCGUCUUCAAAGUGACAGAGAAGAUCCCAAAGAAAACGGGUCAUCCGUCCGUCUACCAUGCUGUGAAUCAGGCGGCACUUCAACUAGAAAGCUACAAGUUCAAUAUCGACAUUGGUUGGUGAUUCGGUUGAAUUUCUCACCCAAAGCCCGUUCAAUCUUCAGACUCGCUCGGAGACGACGAGUACGUCCAACUGAAACAUACGUUCAAGUCCAAAGCCUACUUCUUGCUCGGAAAAUGCGGAUAUAUAGAUCCGCACGCACUGAACGAGAGAUUUGACCUCAACGAUCAAAUGAACCGACUGCGCCGGAUGAGAAAGCUCUACUGCGAUAAAGAUAUGGAUGACGGGUAACUAAUUCGCAAAGGAAACUCUCAGUUUUUAACAUCGAUACAUUUCAGCUUCCUCACCCUUGUUUCAUCGGAAACAAACGUUUCCGGAUACUUCUACUACGAAAUUGCCGAUUCGAAGAGAAAGCACGCCAAGCCAACCAUUCCGUCGAUCCGCGGAUUUGAGGGCUUCAGACGAAAGGCACUCUGUGCCGCUCUCAUCUUCCUGGGAGUUGGCAUUGCCUCAAUGACAGUGAAUGUCUGCUUGAACUCCGAUGGUGUUGGCGAUGAGGAACCGACAAACGCCCCUUACAAGCCGUUCGGUUUUUGGUGGAAGUGA